UAUAUGUUAAAACUUAAAUUCUGAACCAGUUCCUAUUUCACGUGGCUCUGCCGCUCUGGCCAAGGCUGCUGAUAGGCUGAUGAGAUGAUAUUCCACAUAAAGACUGGUAGGAAGUUGUUGAGGCUCAGAUCGCUAAUUAGGCCAUUGGCCCAUCUUUAAGCUUGCAGUCGAUCUCCUUCAGUUGUGUUGUGUGCCUCUAAAACUCUGAAUCAUUUAAGAGAGGAGUUAUUGAAGCCCAGGUCGUACUACAGGAAAGCAACUGCUUUAACUUGCCUCAGCUGUAGAGGUCGAUCCUAUAUCUCGGUGACUCGGUGCUCCGUUGCUGGCCGGCUUUGCACUCUCCACUCUCUCCACACACUGACACACACACACAGACAAUAUUUCUAUCUAAGAUGGCCAACCGAAAGCUAGACAGUCUGGGUCUGGGCCCUAAAGCUCUCGAGCCCAAAGGCCGACCAGCCGGCGUUACCGAAAGCAGCUGGUGCCGAGGGGUGGUUGGCGGCACAGGCAUAACCGUCCUGGCUCUCCUCCUCUCCAAAGCCCCAGAUGUCUCAGCUCUCCAAACCGCACUCCACCGGCUCCAGACGUCCCAUCCCAUCCUCCGCUCCAAGCUCAGCCAUGACGCCGCGACCAACACCUUCUCCUUCAUCAUACCUUCCACUUCCCACCUCCAACUGGAGUCCUUCGACGCCACCUCCACUUCCCAUCUCCUGAAACGCCUCCCAACCUCCGCCUCUGAUCACCUGGUCUCUCCAUUUCACCGUAUCCUUGAGCAUGAACUGAACCGGAAUCCUUGGUCGUCUUCUAAACAAGAACAUCACAAACAUCCCGACACGGCCGUCUUCUUUGCCAGCCUCUACGCUCUGCCCGAUAACAACUGGGUCCUGGCGCUUCGGCUUCACACCUCCGUCUGUGACCGCACCUCAGCGGUGACUCUGCUCAGAGAGCUGCUGGUUGUGGCCAAGGAAGUGAAAGAGGGACAGCUGAAAGGGGAACAGGGGAAGAGAGGGGAGUUCAACGUGGCCAUUGAGGAGCUUGUGCCCAGAGGAAAAGCAAACAAGACGCUGUGGGCUCAUGGAGUGGAUCUGCUUGCUUACUCCUUGAAGUCAUUAAGAUUUUCGAAUAUGGAUUUUAAGGACUCGAUUGCACCUCGAUCGUCUGAGGUGGUGAGGUUGCAGAUGAAACCAGAUGAGACACGUCGACUUGUUGCUGCAUGUGAAGCAAGAGGGAUUAAGCUAUGUGGGGCAUUAGCAGCUGCUGGAUUGAUGGCUGCACACCUGUCCAAAAACCUUCGCGAUCAUCAGCGUGAGAAGUACGCAGUGGCUACGCUCAUGGACUGUCGAAGCCUUUUGGAACCACCUCUCCAAAGUUGCAAUCUGGGGUUCUACCACUCUGCUCUGCAACACACAUUUGACAUAAAGGGAGGAAAAGAUCUAUGGGAAUUGGCGACCAAAUUCUGCAUGAGCUUGAGCAAAUCCAUAAAAACCAACAAGCAUUUCUCAGACAUGGAUGAUCUCAACUUCCUCAUGUGCAAGGCCAUAGACAACCCACGCCUCACCCCAUCCUCAGCACUGAGAUUGGCCGUCCUGUCUGUGUUUGAGGAUCCCGUGAUCGAUGCUUCGAAUGAAUCGUAUCGAGACAUCGGGCUGGAAGACUACAUGGGUUGCUCUUCUGUUCAUGGUGCAGGUCCUUCCAUUGCUGUGUUUGAUACCAUACGUGAUGGAAGGUUGGAUUGUGCUUGUGUGUAUCCAUCACCUUUGCAUUCAAGGGAGCAGAUGCAGGAGCUGAUUGAUAACAUGAAGAGGAUUCUGGUGAGCUGGAGCGACUAAUUAUAAGCAAUGUGGAAGAAUGAGGCCCUCCUCUCCUCUUCCCCAAACGAGUUUGUACUGAACUAUUGGUGUGGUUGAUGCUUUGGAUGUAGUAUUUAAGUAUUGCCUUUUCUUUUAUAGCAAAGUGUAUCCUUGCAUGUGCAAGAGCAUUGUAAUGUCAAUUUUGUUGAAUAGAUUUAACCUCGAUUAAUGAGUCUUAGGGCCCGUUUGAGAGGGUUGAGCUGAAGAUUCAGUUAAA